AUGGCACUUCGUCUUCCACCUCAAGUCGCUCGUCGUCGCAAUUCCUACUCGACAUCUCAACCUUUUCCUGAGCUUGAUAUUCCUUCUCCCCUCUCUCAAGUCCCCGAGAACGAAUCCACGCAAUGGGUGCUCUUCUCCCCGCCCCAACCCUCCACCGCCCGCACUCACACGACCUCCACUGAACGCACCCCCCGAACAGCUGGAGCAUCCCGCUUGAGUGAUUUUGGCUCCUUUGGCACUGCGACCCGCUCCAUUCUCGAAUUCGAGGGGGAGGACACGGACGGCGACGUUGAAGAGCCCCUGGAUGAGGAUGGAACGGAAUUAGACAGCCUGGAUGAUGGCCUGCAUGCUUUCCGGGCCCCGUCCGUCACGCAGGAGUCUACAUCACGGCCGAACCAGUCCACGCCAGCGGUGCUGCCAGCUCAUGAUGGGCUAGGGAGUUUCCAUGCAUCCAGUCAGCUCGUGCAGGAGCAGUUGUGGCAGCAUGAGCAGUUCAAUCCCCGCCGGCGGGGUGACGUGCGCCUGAGACGUCGCUCGAGUGUACAACGUCAGUUGGACUCGAUAGAGGAUCGGGAACAGGUUGAUAUCGAGCAUGAACGCUGGCAACGUAUCGAGAAGUGGAGGAUGGACCAGAGCCGGGCGCUCUUGCAGGAGAUUGAAAGGGAAACACGACGGCGCCGCCGCAAUAGCCGCGUCAGUGUGCAGACCGAUCCGGUGGCUUCUCAGCCCAUCGUUUCAGACACACCUGAUGGUGUCCUGGAGACACUCAAGGAAGUUUCUUCGCAGCCACAGCCGGAGUCUGAGCAGGAUGAGUCUUUCUGGCGACGUAUCACCCGCAAGGUGAUUCGGGAUCUGAUCGGCAUCGACGACUCGUUGCUUUCUGUCAUUCUCGGCGAGUCGUUGCCAGAUAUGGGGGUGGAGUGCAAAGACAGCAAUGAAUCUGCAGGAACAGACAACGCUCUCAAUCUGAGCGAGACAAUUCGGGAGCUGGACUCCAUGCCGGAUGACCAAGGUCUCUGGCAGACCAAAUUACUUCAGCGGAUAGCACGCGAGUUGGGCAUCUUGGUCCACCAGCUCUGCGAACACCCUGGCGCCUUUACGACAUAUCUCAACCUCACGGAUGAGAUACCAAACGAGUAUGCAGGCAUACCACUUGGCCGUCUAGCAGAGGAGAACGACGCUGAACCGCAGGGUGCAUCUGUCGAACCCGCCCUCCACACCGUGAUGAACAGUCAGGAUUCGAUAAUGUCACCGCAAUUUUCGCCUACGAUUCGCGAUCCUACCGGCCGAGAACACGCCGCACAUUGGGGCAUCGAGGACGAAGAGGAUGCAAACCGCGAACCACUCCCCGAGUCUGCACGCCUACAGCAAGAGAAGGAGUACUGGGAGCGCGAGCUGGACGUGAUGAUGGUUUUCCGCUACCUUCGCAAUCGCUUCGGCCGACGAGGUAGCAACGCCGACAGCACCCACGCGCCCUCACGCCGUCACCCACAGGAUGCAUCUCGACGCGCGGCGAUCAUCCGCCAGCACCAUCCUCUCGUUGCACGGGCUCAUUCCCGCUCUCAAGCCCAGAUCCGACGUCAGUCACACCACUCCGCGAGUAUUUCUGGGCCCACGGGCAUCACAUCGCCGUUGCUCCGUCAACAUCUCCGCCGACCUAGUUCGAGCUGCGCAAGCCAGACGAAACUCUCUGCUCUCUCCAGUCGGCGAACGCUCACCGGUUCCAGCCGGAAUUACUGGGACAUUGGCGGAAGCGUCGACAGCGCGAGCGCAAUCGCACCCCCUGUCGCAGCCGGCGUGGGGCUUUGGGGUGACGUCUGA